AUGAGCCCCGAGACCUUUGCCCUGCGUUGUGUUGCGGAGAAGUCGUACCUGCUCAACGGCUCCUGCUGGCGCCGCCGCGCCAAGAGGCCCUUCCCCUGCCUGAACCGACAGAGUUCGGAGCCCACCGAACCCUUGAUGCUGGAGGACUGCGACGAAGGCAAGUCUUCCUUCUCUGAGGGAGAUGUCACCCGAGGCUUUGACGAAGGCACUGGCUGGUUGCGUCUCAUGGACGGGUCAUUCCUGCCACUGCUUCUGCGCUUGGAUGAAACACGGCUGGUGCCAGCACUGACCCUGUGGAAUGGACCCUCCUUGAAAUGUGGACAGCUCGUGAGGACUCGAGAGGCCUUCGUGCAGAGCAGAGCAACCGUGCCGCCCGGGUGCGUGGGCCUGGUGCGGCGCAUCGAAGAGGAGGACUGUGCCACGGUGGACUUCGAAGGGCAAGAUCGCCGUGGGCGUGUCACGGGCCCUGCCUUUUUCAAGCUGCAGCUGUUGCCCUACGUCACGAUCAUGGAGGAGCCCAAGGGUGUGCCGAAGCAGGGGACGGUGGUGAAGUGGAGAAAGAAGGAGCAAUGUGGAGAGGUGGUCCAUGACGGGGCAGGAUCCUAUUCGAGUCUCCUCUUUCGGGUCCACCUCCCGGACGGGAGCAAGAGCAUCAAGCUGUCCGAGCGAAGGGGCCUCCGCGAGAUCGCCCUGCCGCCCACGGCCGCCGAGCUGGGGACCUUCGUGCGGCUCAAGGAGGCGGCGGACGAUGCAGGACCGACUCCUGGCGGAGCGAUGCAGGGCUAA